CUAACCCACGCGCCCACCAUUUGUUUCUUCCUCUCCCGCUUGUCUGCUCCUGCUCUGCGCUCUCCACACGCGCCCCCGCCGCAGGAACUUUACUUAUUCGCCUCCACGCUCGUCGCCUUGCCCGAGCAGACGCUCCCCGCGCCGGCCGAUCCUCGGAGGUGUUAGAAAUUGUUCAGGCUGAUUGAUCGGUGGAAGCUUUGUGUCGAGUGUUUUUAUCUCAGAUUUGGAAAGUGAUAGAUCGACCUGGCAGCCUGAGAAUUGUAAGAGAAGUAAUGUCUUUUGUUAGGCAAGCAGCCCCAUCAACAUCCUGUGCUUUUGGGCCACCAAGCUCAGGUUUCUCUUCACAAAGAUUUGCCUCCGGUACAGAAUUGCUUGGUCACGGACCUCAACCAUAUAACGCUGAGGGCUGCAGACAGUCUGGUUUCAGUGGAGCACCACCUCCUGUAUUUCAGAACUCGUUUUACAAUCCGGAUGUCCAUUUUGAAUCUCACUUCGAUGCGGUAACAUAUUUUCCAGUAACCUCCAAUAUAUCCCAGCAGAACUCUCAAUCUUUAUCGGACAAUCAGACCUCCGAUCUCGAAGCAGAGUUUGAUGAAGAUGAGAUCAGACUAAAGCUUCAGGAGCUUGAGCAUGCUUUACUCGACGAUGGUGAUGCGGUCCUUUCUGAUUUGUCAGGAAGCAUUAGCGAUGAUUGGGAUGAUCACAAGAACAACAAUGAAUGGACUAAUACCAUGAAGAAUAUCAUGUACCCAGACUCUCCAAAAGAGUCAUCACCCGAAUCAAGCCUCGUUUGUCCUGACAGCAAUAAUGGAGAAGUACGGGACCCAAAACAGUUGCUCUUUGACUGUGCUGAAGCAAUAUCUGAAUACAGCAUCGAUGAAGCACAAUCAAUCAUAAUAGAACUACGACAGAAGGUAGCAAUUCAGGGUGACCCUUCUCAGAGAAUUGCGGCCUAUCUUGUUGAGAGCCUUGCUGCCACAAUACAGUCUUCAGGAAAAGGAAUCUAUAGGGCCCUGAGGUGCAAGGAGGCCCCUUCUCCGUACCAGCUUUCAGCUAUGCAGAUCCUCUUUGAAAUCUGCCCAUGCUACAGGCUAGGCUUCAUGGCUGCUAACUAUGCUAUUCUUGAAGCCUGCAAAGGCGAAGAGAUUGUGCACAUCAUUGACUUUGACAUCAACCAGGGUAGCCAGUACAUAACGCUAAUACAGUUCCUACGAAGUAACAGUAAUAAGCCACUCCGUUUGAGGAUAACUGGCGUCGAUGACCCAGAGUCAGUAAACAGGGCUGUUGGAGGACUGAAGGUUGUUGGGCAGCGACUAGAGAAACUUGCAGAGGAUUGUGAGGUAACAUUUGAGUUCAGGGCAGUGGCUGCUAACGUCGGGGAUGUGACGCCUGCUAUGCUGGAUUGCCGUCCCGGAGAGGCCCUAAUUGUUAACUUUGCGUUCCUGCUGCACCACCUGCCUGAUGAAAGUGUUUCCAUUGUGAACGAAAGGGACCAGCUCCUCCGUAUGGUGAAGGGUCUCCGGCCAAAACUAGUGACAUUGGUCGAGCAGGAUGCAAAUACUAAUACUACCCCAUUCCUUGCAAGGUUUCGUGAGGUCAAUGACUAUUACUCGGCAGUUUUUGAUUCACUGGAUGCGACACUUCCAAGGGAAAGCCCAGAUAGAAUGAAUGUGGAGAGGCAGUGCCUUGCGCGAGAAAUUGUCAACAUCUUAGCUUGUGAAGGCCCUGACCGUGUGGAAAGGUACGAAGUGGCUGGGAAAUGGCGAGCGAGAAUGACAAUGGCUGGCUUUCUGCCGUCUCCGUUCAAUAGCAAUGCUAUUGAUGGUACAAGAUCUCUACUGAAAUCGUACUGCGAUAAGUACAAAUUCGAGAAGGUCCACGAUGGACUUCAUUUUGGCUGGGGCGACAAGACACUCGUCGUCGCGUCAGCAUGGCAAUAGACGCUCGUAUUGCAUAUUUUAGCACUGCUGCAUUUUAGGAGCUCGUGGUGCAAGGGCAGUAAAAAUAUGUUUAUCGCUGUGGUGUUAACCUAUCAUAUAUUCAUAGCUAACCUUAGCGUGUUUCUCGUAGACUUAUUGAGAUGUACCUAAUUUCUUAGGUGAAAUAUGUUGUGUUGCACACAAUUAUCCCGUAUCAUUGUGAUGUAUUUUGCCCUUCUUUUGGGAGGGUAGAAUGACAAUAUAUCGACAUUGUUCAUCUAUAAAGUUCUGUAUGGUUGCUCCAGUAGCAGAUGGGAUAAAGAACAAAAA